CAGAAAUCUGUCAAUAACUGCCCGGAGAGAAAGGGAAUGGGAAGCUAUCAUUGAAAUGCAUGGCGAACAGUUUGUUGACAGACUAUCGUUUGGACGAUUGACCAUAUUAAUUAUUUUAUUCCGUAAGGUACUAACUUCACCGAUUGUGACUCGUAUUUAUAAUUCAAAAACGUUAAAGCAUGGAGAGGAAAGUUGUGGCCGCUCUCUAGUGUCAGAAGUUAGCUAGCAGCCAAGCUAGCUAGCCCACUGAGCCUGGCUGUACAGUCACCUGAUCUGACUAGCGACUGAUAGCUAGUAGCAUCAGUCUUUUUGGUGGCGGAGUUUGGUCAGCAGUGGUUCCCUCGUCCUCCAGCGGGGUGUUGUUAUUGGUGAAGUGAGGACAGUUCGGCUCGUCCAGAUAUCUUGUCAUGGAGGACCCAUUUGACAGUGAGCGAACGUCCCUGCCCAGGAACAUGAUAGAGAACAGUAUGUUUGAGGAGGAACCUGACGUAGUGGACCUGGCCAAAGACUCUACAGCCUUCCCGGAGUUCCCGGCGUUGGACCCAGAUGAGGUGGUGUAUGAGCCCCGUAGCUCCCGUCUGCUGGUGCGAGGUCUGGGAGAAAACGACCUGGACGAUGAGGAGGAGGACUAUGAGUCGUCAGCCCGCCUACUGGGCAUGUCCUUCAUGAACAGAAGCUCCGCCCGCAGUCCUAGCGCCUCCCCUUACAUCAGACAUGCUCCACCCAGGUCAUGUUCCCGUCCCUCAGCUCGUAUGCUGGUGGUGGGCGUGUUCAUCUUGGUACUGGUCACGUCCAUGGCGAUGGUUCUCUAUUUCCUGCCUGGCUGUACCUUCACUAAGGCUGGCUGUCCUAAGGCGAACUCCUCCACUCCUAUGGAGCUGGUCUAUCCUAAAAGCACCAAUGGGGAGCUGUUUCCUUGGAAUGAGCUCCGCCUCCCAGCCAGUGUACGACCUGUAAACUACGACCUCUCCCUGACCCCUAACCUGACUUCCAUGACCUUCACCGGCCGCACCAUCAUCAACAUGAUUAUACAACACGACACCAAGCGCAUCGUUUUGCACAGCUCCGAGAUCAAUAUCAUCAAGGCAACCUUUCAGGUUGGAGAGGGUAAGAGUGUUGAGGUCAAGGUGUUGGAGUAUAAACCAUGGCAGCAGAUAGCUGUCAGCUUCCCAGAGGAUCUGAAGGAAGGCCAGGUGUGUGUGUUAACAUUGGACUACACAGCCAGCCUUUCACACACCUACGACGGCUUCUAUAACAGCUCCUACAAUGACAAGACUGGAGCCAAGAGGGUCCUAGCUGCCACACAGUUUGAGCCCCAGGCAGCCAGGAAGGCCUUCCCCUGUUUUGACGAGCCUGCCUUUAAAGCCACCUUCCUGGUCAGGAUCACCAGAGAACCUGAAUACAUCGCUCUGUCCAACAUGCCCAAGGCUAAGACGACUACGUUACCCAGCGGCAUGCUGGAGGAUGAGUUUGAGCAGACUAGUGUUAAUAUGAGCACCUACCUGGUGGCCUUCAUCGUAGCCAACUUCACCAGCAUCACUAGAAAUGUAUCCAGUACACUGGUGUCAGUGUACUCUGUGCCAGAGAAGAAGGAACACACACAGUAUGCUCUGGACACCGCGUCCAGGUUGCUGCAGUUCUACAACACCUUAUUUGACACCGAAUAUCCUCUGAGGAAACUGGACCUGGUUGCUAUCCCAGACUUCCUGGCGGGAGCGAUGGAGAACUGGGGUCUGAUCACCUUCAGAGAGACCAGCCUUUUGGUACAAAACCAGUCCUCUCCUCUCGACAAACAACUAAUCGCUAACGUCGUAGCCCACGAACUCGCUCACCAGUGGUUUGGGAACCUGGUGACAAUGCGCUGGUGGAAUGACCUGUGGCUCAGCGAGGGCUUCGCCACCUACUGGCAGUACGCAUCUCUAAUGACAGAGUUCCCACAGCUGUACCUAGGCAAUGUGUUCCUGGAGGAGCGGUUCAAGGCGAUGGCCAAAGAUUCUCUGAACUCCUCCCACCCAGUCUCAGUGUCGGCCCAGGUGACCACACCUGAACAGGUGUCUGAGAUGUUUGACUCGAUCACCUAUGAGAAGGGUGCGUCCCUCCUGCUGAUGUUGAACUCCACUCUGCCAGAAGGUCAGUUCAGGAAAGGACUCAUCGAGUACCUGCAUCAAUACAGUGGAUCUAACACUGUUACUGACGACCUCUGGAACAGCAUCACACAGGUCCAAGUGCUUCCCCAGCAGGAGAGUGUGUCAGACAUGAUGAGAACAUGGACGCUGCAGAAAGGCUUCCCAUUGGUUACCGUCAGCCGCAAGGGUGGUGAUGUGAUCCUCACACAGGAACACUUCCUGCUCUCCACAGACAACACCACACACACCUCCAGCCUGUGGCACAUCCCUGUGACAUACGUGAAUGACAGCUGUAGCUCCGCCCCUUCCUGCAGACAGAUGUUCACUCUGAAGAAUAAGACAGCGACUCUAAAGGUGUCAGAGAGUGUUAAGUGGCUGAAGUUGAACUACAUGAACACGGGCUUCUAUAUAGUUCACUAUGGAGACGAGGGCUGGGCAGCUCUCAUAGACGCUCUAAAGACUGACGUCAGCACACUCACACCCCACGACCGCGCUUCGCUCAUACACAACAUCUUCUCCCUGUCCAGGCUGGGUCGUGUGUCCUUCCGUCAGGUUCUCAGUCUGUUGGACUAUACUACCAAUGAGACUGAGACUGCUCCUCUGACAGAGGCCCUAUCACAGCUCAGCUCUAUCUACAGACUACUGGACAAGAGACAGGAGCGAAGACUGGUGGCCCGCAUGAAGGCGUACAUCUUGGGUCAUUUUGGCCCUCUGAUGGACAGUCAGGACUGGGGAGUGAAGGAGAGUGUCUCCAGUCAGAAGCUGAGGUCAGCCCUGCUAGAGUUGGCAUGUAGUCUUGGACGGCAGAACUGUACUGACCAGGCCACAGCCCUCUACGAACAGUGGACCAACUCGAACCAAACCAAUCGCAUCCCAGGUGAUCUUCAGCGAGUGGUGUUUUCUGUAGCAGCCCAGUCUGACCCUGGUUGGCUGUCUCUGCUGGACACCUACAGACUCACCACUUACGACUCGGAGAAACGCAAGAUACUGCAGGCCCUCGCCUCCACACAGGACCCACGACGCAUCGUAUGGAUUCUGAGUGAGGUGCUCGAGGGAGGGAAUAUCCACACCCAGGAGCUGCCAUUGGUCAUCAGCACUGUGAGCGACCGCUUCGCUGGCCACUUGUUCGUCUGGGACUUUGUCAAAGAGAGCUGGGACAGGAUCAUAGAGAAGUUUCCAGUGGGGUCUUAUCCCAUCCAGAGCAUCAUCAAGUCCACCACCUCCCAGUUCUCUACUCAGACACACCUGGAGGAAGUCCAGGGUUUCUUCUCCAGUCUGAAGGAGCGGGGCUCUCAGAUGCGUAGCGUCCAGGAGGCUUUAGAGACCAUCAGACUGAAUCAGCACUGGAUGGACAGGAACCUCGCAACACUUAGAGACUGGCUCUAACAUGGCCGCUUGGCAACUGUAGCCCCCGACAACCCGCUCUGGGGACCGUGUUGGCAUGGCAACAGCAGCUUUUGCACUGUCGUAGGGCUUGUCUCAAAUGAUCUCAUAUUCCCCUUUUUGUUACUACUUUUUUAAACUACUUUUCGCUAGGGAUGGGCACCGUUAAUCGAAUAUCCGGAUAUACGGACAGACAUUAGUAUUCGAUUACUUGAGUGUUCAUUUUUGGAAGAAUCAAAAUUGGAAGCUUAUUUUUUUUUUAUCAAUGGAAAAAGCUUUGUCUAAAUUAAAUUAAGCAAGGCAACAGUAAACAUGAUGUCCCCCACAAAUGAUGCAGAAAUCUAAAUGGCAGAAAAUCCAUCAUGGCGGACCUUAUUGUGUUUGUGAGGAGAGGAACCUCUGUACCGAAUGUCAUGACAUUAGGUCAAAUGGGUGAGAGGCGUGACCUUUCAGUUUGCAUUUUCAUUUUCAAUUUCGUUAUAGCACCACCAUCUGGCCAUAGCUGUAAUUUUGUAAAUGCCGUAUCUCUAUGGCAAUACGCAUUAUUCACCCAAGUUUCGUCAAUCGGGCCAGUGCUAUCUGAAAUAUUGCGCGUAAAGACAGAUCGGGGAGGACAAUUAUACUUGGGACAUUUUUACCUACAAGGAUAUACAGAUAACUGCCAAAAUAAAGGACACACCAACAUAGUGUCUUAAUGGGGCGUUGGGCCACCACGAGCUGCCAGAACGGCUUCAAUGCGCUUUGGCGGAGAUUCUACAAGUGUCUGGAACUCUAUUGGAGGGAAGCGACACCAUUCUUCCGUGAGAAAUUCCAUAAUUUGGGGUUUUGUUGAUGGUGGUGGAAAACACUGUCUCAUGCAACGCUCCAGAAUCUCCCAUAAGUGUUCAAGAAUGGGUGACUGACCCACCCACCCACACUCUUUAAACCCCCUAUGCUCCUUUGAUACCCCUCUUUCAAAGUAACAGAUCUCUUCUAGCCAUGGUAGCCAAAAUAAUGGCCACUGGGCAUUUUUAGACAUGACCCUAAGCAUGAUGGGAUGUUAAAUGCUUAGUUAACUCAGGAACCACACCUGUGUGGAAGCACCUGCUUUUUAAUUUACUUUGAACCCCUCAUUUACUUAAGUGUUUCCUUUGUGUUGGCAGUUACCUAUACCGUGACAUUUGAAAUUCUUAAUUUAAUAAAACAACAUUUUGAAUGUAGCUAGUUUUUAUAACAGUGUGUUGCGCUACUGCUGCACAUUUAGGCCUACAGGCUGCCCUGACAUCGGCAUGCUAUUUUUCCCACUUCCAAUAGCGAUUUACAGGCACUCAUCUUACUGAGUUUCCACAAUACCUGACAGAUCAUUGAAAAACACUCACCAGAAAACCUUUUUGUAACAGAAUCAGUUCCAUCUUGGUGAAAAUCAGACUUCUCUUUCGCUGUUGCUGUUAGCCAACCUGGAGGAAAGCAGCAUGUCCGCUGUUUACCUCUGCCAUGUGCACUUUCGUCAUUCUGAUUGGUCGGCGGUCAAUAUCCGGAUAUCCGAAAAAGUAUCAUGAUAUAUUAUUUGAAUAGGAAAAUAAUUUCAAAGGCCCAUCCCUACUUUUCGCAAUGAUCAGAAGUAGUGCACUUUACUGUAUAGGGAACAUGGUGUUAUUUUUAGGCUUGUCCUAUGAGUUUAUUUAGUAGUAUUUAGCUCAGGGUGACCUCAAAUUCCUCUCUCUAUGCUGUUGAGCAAACUUCAUCUACAGCUUUCACCACAACACCAUGCCUGGAUACAGCAGCCCGUCUCUCUUUCUUUCAAACUCGACGUGCUUCACAUUGUAUGGAGGUAACUCGCCCUUCCGCCACCAUAUAGUGUAUGUGUAGCAGCCACCUGAGAAAUAAGGAAAGGGAAUACAGGAAGAGAACAUGCUGUGUGUCAUCAACGCUGGCCACGUGUCAUCAGUAUGCGUCACCUGUGAAACUCAUGGUGCAGUGACUAACUGCUCUCUCAGGCCCUGGCACCAACCUCCUCAUGACUGUCCUACUGACGGUGAGCAGUGGGGGAGAUGGGAGAAUGUCUGUUGAAGCCCAGAGUUGGGCUAUAGAGCUGAUACACAAUGCAAAGGGGUUAGGUGACAGUGUAGACAGCAUGCUACCCAGGCUUCAGCUAGAACAUGUACAGCUACCAGUUACAUGUUGAAGGAACAUGAAAAUACCUUCUCACUGUUUUAGAUGCUCCCAAAGUUCCACUGUACCACAUUUCCACCUCUAGGUCUUUUAUUUAGACCUCAAGAAGUAUUGGUCGGAUAGUGGAAACGUUGCUGAAACGUUGUUUGAUGAAUCUUGAAGCAUCUAACCCCCCCCCAGCACUCCCUGUGAGCACUUCUUCUGUUGAUGUAACUUUAUUUGUUACAUUUUGACAGUUAAAGGAAAACUCCACCAAAAAAGGAUCUUUUGGUAUUUAUUUCAUUAGUCCAUUGUUGAUAUAGUCCCAAAACCGCUUUUCUAAUUUCCUUUGCAUAUGAGGCAAUCUUUGUACAGAAUAUUUCACUCUCACAAUGCUUGUAAAGAUGUAAUUAUUAUUACUCCUAUCUCUACCUUGCUUUUUGCUUGUCAUAUUUUGUGUGAGCAAAUCUGUCACUUGUUUUUUAAGUUUGGUUUCUGUGUGUGUGUGUGUGUGUGUGUGUGUGUGUGUACAGUGUGAUACCACGUAGACAUAAGAGUCCCGGUCAAAUGCUUUUAAUGGUUUUGUUUUUUCUAAACAAUGACGUAUACUGAUUUUUAAUGUUGGCUCACUUCAAUGCCCCAUGUUCGUAUAUGGCAGGGUUUCCCAAGCUCUGCCCCCUCCACAAGGGGAAAUGUUUUGGUUAAAAUACAGGGUUGCCUGAUUAUGUCUCUCUUUUCCAUUAAAGGACUUGACAGUGAGUGACCCAGUGUUGCGUCUGUAGAGCUGGGUAGAGUCGUUUUCUAUGCCGCGUCUGUAGUCCCAACAGUGUGGAUAAUCAGAAAGUAAUUUCACCAGUUUUUCUCUGUGAUUGGUUAACCUGGCUCAGUCAGGGCUAGGUUACGUUGUCUCACUGUGUGUGAGGUUUAUGGUAUUCAGUUCUUUAUGGUAGCCUUGUUGUUGACGUAAUUGUUUCAGCCUCCCGGCUGGCUAUGUUAGAAGUUCCCUAUAAGAACAGAUCUAGGGCCAGUUACCCCCACCAAUGCCAAUGAAGACCUUAACCAAACAUGGAGCUGACCUUGGAUCAGUGUUUAGGGGCAUCUUCAUGCUACCGCCUCUCUGCUACAGCAGCACUAGCUCCAGUGGUCAACCACUGAAUGUCCUGAAGGAACUCUUCUAUUACAGAACAGCAUGACCAAUGACUGAGUGUCUAGCUAGCUCCUCUUCUAAUCUAAUGCCUCAGAUGUCUGUAUGUCUCCUGUUGGUACUGGCUCAUUCUGAAGGAGGAUUUUACUUCACUGUCUCACUCUGAAUGUUAUGUCAUGUUGAAAACAUUGGAAAAGCCAGGUCAUAUUGGUGGUUAUGAUAUUUAUUUUUUAUUUAACCCUUAUUUCACCAGGUAAGUUGACUGAGAACACGUUCUCAUUUACAGCAAUGACCUGGGGAAUAGUUACAGGGGAGAGGAGGGGGAUGAAUGAGCCCAAUUGAUAGCGCUAUGAAAUCAAAUAUGUUAGCUUUGGGGCAGAAUUGUUGAUUUUAGAUAAUCAUUCCCUCACUCACCAGAAAACAACAGCCUGUACUGUACCUCAGAGCUCAGGGAGAUAUGUUAGUAACUGUUAACUCUUCACUGAACCUACUGCCAUAAAGCCUACCUAACACUGCCACAAAGAUGGCAUAACAUGUUAUAACCAGUCAUCAUUACAGCUGAUGCAAUCUCAUGAAAAUGGCCUUUUCCACCACCAUAACUCAAACUAUUAUUUAGGUUUGAUUUUAUAUCAAGUUAAUUAGCCAAAGCCUACAUAAUGACUGCGUGUUUCCUAUGUCAUUCUUACGACAGUGUUAUAAUACCUUUUGACAGACGGUUUAGGUGAAGUGUUAGUGUAUGAAGACCCAGAUGGAGGUGGCAUGUCGCCAGGCUUGUAGCCUGUCUCUAGAUUAUGAUUCUAUGUUAGUGUAUUCCUAUGCCAAGCCCACCUUGAUUGUUGCUCAUCAUUUUAAACUUUUUUUGCACUGGGGUUGAAUGAUGCUGAAAAAUGUCAGGCUCUUCAUGUGAUGAAAAAUAAAUAAAUAUGAAUAAAAAUGUUUUCUGGACUUUCA